CAGUGAAGGCCACACACCUUCACCUUGAUUUGAAUAAUAUGAUUAACCAGUACUAGUAUUGGCUCUGUCAGUGCUUACAUACUUACUUUAGAAACCUGGUUCUGGCACCAGCUUGGGAAAGAAAUUAUUAGAUCUGGCAGAUGGCUUGAGGAAAGAAAAGAGAAUUUUCUCCUAGCCAAGAUGAAAGGCAUGCAAGCCAGUCAGAAAACUUUGGUGGCCCUGCAGAAUGAACUUCAUGAGCAGGAAGAUAAAAUGAAGAAUCAAACACAUUUCUCACUUAUUGUACUAAUUUUUGUACACAGAAGAAAAGAUACCCAAGACAGUCUCCUAAUGACACAGCGAUCUUUAGCACAUUUUUUUCCGACAGCCAAUUCAGAUCCAGCAUUGUCAUUUCCAUGGUCAUUAUCCUACGAAAUGCCUCUUGAUUACACUCUGUCUAGCCCUCACUUUAGUGGACUAACUGUAUCAACAACUGGGCAGAAGACUCCUAAAACUACAGGAGUGGGACUUUCCAGAUCAGAAAACAGCUUGGGAAUCAACAGCUCCAUAAUGACAAAGAGACAGGCUCUGCCAUACCUUGCUCCUGAGAUACCAGUAACUGGGGAAGGAGAAGAUUACUUCCUAUCUUUGUUUGGUGAUUCAAAGAAACUUCUUUCACACUCAUCCCCUGCAGAGAAAACCUGGAAACACUUUUCUAUGAUUCUUGAAGAAGUAGGCCAAUCUAGAUCCAGUGCUCUUGGAGACAUUAAAAUAGCUGAAGUAAAUGUCAAGGGUUUAUUUGUGAAACUCAUUAACUCUUCCCUUGACAAAGAACUGGAGAUUGGAGGUCAUAUUCUCCAGCAAAAUGUGAAUGGACAAACAGUCUCUUUUUACCGCUUCCUUCCAAAUAUCACAAUGCAAGCCAAUUGCACAGUAACAGUGUGGGCAGCUGUAUCUGAAGCAAAGCAUCAGCCACCAUCAGAUUUUCUUUGGAGAGAAGGAAACAAGUUUAGAACAAGCCCAAACUGUACAACAAUUUUGUGCAAACCUAAUGGUGAAGCUGUUGCCUGGUACACUCCUAUUCACUGGAAGCAAGCGUGGGAGAAAUUAGAGACUGACAUUGAAUUUGACAGACGCUCAGUAGUAAGUCCAACAUCUCGAAGACACAUGUUUAAUUGGCCAGCAGCUAUGACUACAACUAAAGAAAAACAUGAUAAAUGUAAUAAAGAUAAUUCAAAAUGUCAGAUGGAGCAAGUUAAAGUUUUUCUUAAAAGAGAAAUUGAAAACCCACCAAGCCCCUUUCCCAAUAGCAGCCCUUGGUGCCACAGUCCCAGUGCCCCUGCACACCCCUACAGUCCUCUGAUUGAAACUUGCAGUACGUGCGUGGCUGGAAGCAGCUUAGACAGACAGCCAAGGCCUCCGUCAUCCAGGCCUGAUCCAGCCCAGAUGGCUUCUAAAGCAAGUAUCUGAAACCCUUCACUUACAUUUGUCUUAGCAUAGUGUCUUCUACUGUUCUUGGGACCAAGAAAAAUAUGACAUCUGAGUUACAAAAGCAAGUAGACAAUCACCUCAACUCAACUUUUUUAAAGGACAAUAACAUCCAAAUCUAGAGAAUACAAGGAUGCCCAACAUGUCACAGCCAGCCUUCUGCAAAGCACAGGAAGCCAGCUGCAAGCAAGAAAAUGCUUUCUUUUUGAAAAGAUAAUUCCUCCAGACUUUGCAGUAACCAUUUCUUAAAGAAGGAAAUAAGAGUUUGUGGUCAAGUUAAACCAUUUUUUUUCUAGGCUGUUAAGAAGAGAAACACAGGUCAAAAGGAAAACCACCCCAGUCUUCACUUUAUACACAUGAUGUUCCCCCACCAAUAAUUUCUGUUCUAACCUGCCCAGCUGUUAAGUCUACUAUUCCACCAUUUCAGCAGAAGAAUUUUCCAAGAGCAUGUUUCAGGAAUUCUGAACCUGUGGUCUGUCUGAUUCUUUACACUUGCAAGCUGCUCUAUCUCAUUAAAACAUAGAUUAAUUGAGCUUUCUAAUAACUGGAAGUAGUAGUUGAAGUUUCCAUGUUGUAACUAGUUGGGAGUUCUUAAAAUUGCCUACACUUACCUCAAAUUCAUCAAAAAUAGUGUCUUUUAGCUGCAGUAUUAUGUACAAAAUCCCAUGGAUGCAAAAUGCCAAGAAUGUUUCAACUAAAUUAUCUGGUAGAGCACUUGUUUUUCAACCAUUCUUAUUCAUUAUUCUUUAACAAUCUUAUUCUAUACCCAUCACAAGAAUAGAAUUUGAAAAAUAAUGAAAUUUGCUCAUUUGUAAUGUUGACUCUGCAUAGUCAGAAGGCAUGAUUGCUUCAGUCUCUGAGAAAUGCAUCCAAUCUAUAUCAUGUAAACCUACUUAAUUUAACUUACAUUGAUUUAUGUGUAUUUAUAUAGCAUAUGAAGAAAGAUGGGACACAUACAGUCCUGUAAUGUGAAGAGCGAGAAAAGUAAGGAAUUUUCCCAGUAUCUGUUUUAAAAAAAUAGAGAAAAGCAAAAUAACCCCAAAACCUAUCCAAUGGUGACACUGAAUUUUGUUUUAUUACAUCCAAACACCAAAAUCUAAAAAUGCUUCAUUUUUUAAAAGUCAUAUACCAAGGGACUCAAACAUAUACUGGGAUACCAAUGUUCAUAGCAGCAUUAUUACCAAUAGUCAAAAGGUGGAAACAAUGCAAGUGUCCAUCAACAGAUGAAUGAAUUAUUUAAAUGUGGCAUAUAUAAUAUAACAAUAUUAUUCAUUCAUUAAAAGAUGAAAUUCUAAUAUAUGCUACAACAUGGGUAAACCUUAAAAAUGUUAAUGCUAAGUUAAAUAAGCCAGACAAAAAGGACAAAUAUUCUAUGAUUCCAUUCAUCUGAGGUACACAGAAUACACAAAUUUAUAUAAGUGGCAAAUAUAAUAUAAUUUACAAGGGACUGGAGGAAGGAGGGAAUGGGGAGUUAUUAUUUAAUGGGUAUAGAAUCUAUAUUUGGGAUGAUGAAAAAGUUCUAGAAAUAGUGAUGAUGAUUGCACAAUACUGUAAAUGUACUCAAUGCUAUUGAAUUGUCCACUUAAAAAUAGUUAAAAUGAUUUUAAAAUGCCUUUAAUGAAGUAUUUUAUUAUUAUUUCCAAGGCAAAAAGUAAACAUCAUAUGCCUGUGUAAAGUAUCUGAAAAGACAUAAUACAAAAGGGGUUCACAUUAACCCCUGCGUAGUGAUGCAACAUAAAUAUUUUCUUGUUACCAGGCCACACUAAUCACAAUAGUUUCUCAUUCUUUGGACAUUAGGAAUAGACUUGAACAUUUUUGGAAAAUUGUCAAUAAUACCUUAUACUACUUUGAACCAUUAAAUAUGAUCUUUGAAUCAAUCAUAUGUUGGCUAAAUGUGUAGGCUGUGCUGUCUUUUUCAUGGUUACCAUGGAAACUCUGUAGUCAUGGCAUUAUGAGGAGACUACAAGGGCACCAGAGAGUAUACAAUAAAAGUUAACUUAA